AUGAAUACUCUAUCAACGCGAUUAAAUUCUCGUAAACAUCUUAGGAAUAGCGAAAAGUUUUUACACGCGUUUAUACAUUCAAGAAGCAUUUAUUAUCUUUCUUUUAAUAUCAAAAGAAGAUUAACUUCAAUUCUAUUGAAAUUUACUAAUGACUGUAUAUCAUCAAAGAUGAAAUCUUGUGGUUUUAAAUCACAAUCACCAUUGAUUAUAUCUCGUUCAAAAACGAAACUUACAUUAUAUUUAGAUGAUUUACCAAAAUCUGCAACAAUUCCUACAAACAUUGAUAAUCAGAAAAAAGGCCCUGAAUGGGACAGUAGUAUUGGGAAAGUUGUUAGGCAGGCUCAAAUUGAUUAUCCAAAUUGUGUCAUAUUAACACGUGUUGGACAAUUCUGGGAGCUAUACUUUGAACAAGCUAAAGAGAUUGCCCCACUUUUGGAUAUAAAAUUAACAAAAAAAAAAUUCGGCCAAGAAUAUUUCGCAUUUGCUGGUUUUCCUGUUCAACAUUUAGAUAGGUACCUUGCUACGUUAGUUAAUGUUCAUGGUCUUCCAGUCGCAAUUUGUGAAGAAUUUCUUAAUGAUGAAGUAAAUGAAGAUAAAUUAAAAUUUAAACGUCGAAUUACACGAAUUAUUACUCCUGGAACUUUAAUUGAUGAAAGUUUUUUACCAUAUGAUCAAAAUAAUUUUUUACUUGCGCUUUCUUUGGAUGAAAAAACGAAUUUGGUUGGAUUGGCAUGGAUCGAUAUAACAACCGGUCUAUUUUUUAUGCAAAGGUCAAAUUUAGAGUCAAUUUCUGGUGAUUUAAUGCGUAUUCGUCCCAGCGAAAUCGUCUUAUGUGACAAUUAUCAUAAUGUGGAAAAUCACGAUAUUUGGCAGUAUGUUGAUAGUAGAAAAUAUAUUAUUUCUUAUGAACCAUCAAAUUCUUUUAAUUCUAAAUUAUCUCAGAGUUGGACGUAUGAUUCACAAGUUGACUAUGAUAUUAACCAAAUGUUUUCCUCUGAUGAGUUGAAAGCCAGUGCUGCAUUACUGUCUUAUAUUAAUAAAAAUUUGGUCGGACGUACGUUAAAAAUUCAAUCACCAAUAAGCAUUAAUUUGAACGAUACAAUGAUUAUUGAUGCGACAACUUUAAGGUCAUUGGAAAUUACAAUAUCAAUGAGAGAUAAUACAAAGAGAGGAAGUUUAUUGCACGCAAUUCGACGUACAAAGACGGCUUCCGGUGCUCGAACAUUAGAUAGGUGGUUAUGUUUCCCAACGACUUCAAUAAAUAUCAUAAAUAAUCGGUUAAACCUUGUCGAAUAUUUUUGUAAAAACACACAUCUUACAAGUGAUAUUCGACAAAUUCUGGAAAAUUGUGAUGAUACGCAAAGAACGUCACAAAAAAUCACUUUUACUCAUUGUAAUCCUGACGAUUUUUUAAAAUUAAAACAUACUUUAGAAUCGAUGCUCUCGAUAAAAUAUCGAUUGCAAUCAGAGCUUUACACUAUUCCUGAUGCUAGUAUGAAAACUCUUGUGGAACGUAUACAACCACAAAAUGAUCUUAUAAACAUUAUAUCUGAAGCUAUUGACGAAGAUGUAUUAAUUAAAAUGAAAGAGACACGACAGUACAAUCCUGAUGGGAGUAUUAUCUCUGGGAUAAAUACCGACAUUGAAGAGGCUGAAAAUAUUGAUUUAGAUACCAACUUUGAAGGAUGCAAUGAUGAACCAGUAGCAAAAAAAAAAACUACUAAAAAACGCAAGAAAAUUGGACAAAAUUCGGAAAGCUCUACCUUUGAAGAAGAUUUUGCGUCGAUAGUAAAGAAUGAUAAUUGGGUCAUCAAAAAAGAGUUUUCCCCGCGUUUAUUGCAAUUGCACGAACAACUUGAAGUAAAAUAUCGGGACAUGAUUGAACUUAGAAAUCGCUGGAAAGUUAAAUUAAAACUUCGAUCACAUCCAAGCUUUGGAUUCAUCGUUGCUAUCAAGAGAGUUCAGAAUAAUAAAGAUGUUGAACGCAUAUUAAACGCAACUCGUAUUCAUCAUUUUAAACAUAGAAAAUUGUUUAUUAUACAGAAAUGGACACAUCUUGGUGGACAAAUCGAAGAUAUAAAAUCAAAUAUACGAGAGGAAGAAACGAGAAUUUUUCAAUUAAUUCAGAAAAAGAUUGUAGAAGAAUGGGACUUAACUGUACAAAAUUCACGAGUAGUUGAUGAAUUGGACAUAGUUAGUUCAUUUGCUGUAUUAGCACGAGAACAGAAUUUUGUGCGGCCUAUUCUGAAUUAUGGUAAUUCUCAUAAAAUUGUAGGCGGUCGUCAUCCUGUAGUGGAGGCAGGACUUCAAUUAAAAGGACGUCAAUUUAUAAAGAAUGAUUGUUACGUUGGAGAUAAAAAACGAUUGCCGAAUAUGGGCGGAAAGAGUACAUACUUGCGUCAAAAUGCUAUUAUUUCGAUUUUGGCACAAAUAGGAUCAUUCGUUCCAGCUGAUCAUGCAGAAAUUGGUAUAGUUGAUCAAAUAUUAAGUAGAGUUGGUGCUUCAGAUAAUUUAUAUCAAGACCAAUCAACAUUCAUGGUUGAGAUGAUUGAAACUGCACAUAUUUUAAGGAAUGCAACAUCAAGAUCUUUUGUCAUUAUGGAUGAAAUUGGUCGCGGCACGGCUACUUUAGAUGGGAUUGCAAUUUCAUUUGCAACAUUAUAUCAAUUGCAUUAUAUAAAUCGCUGUAGGACAUUAUUUGCUACUCAUUUUCAUGAAUUACCAAACCUAAUAGUUAAUUUUGAGAAUGUAGCGUGCUAUUGUACAGAUAUUCAAGAAAAUAAGGAUGGAAGUUUUUAUUAUCUUCAUCAAAUAAAAGAAGGUGUAAACAGGAAUUCUGCGGCACUGAAGGCUGCACAACUCGCAGGAGUUCCACCGUCAGUGUUAAUAGUUGCAAAAAAUACUUUAAAAUAUUUGCAAGAUCAUUCUAAACCCAUUAAUUUGGAUUCAUAUUUUCAAUCUGAAAUUGAAAAGUCUAUUUAUAAUGACUUACCAGAAGUUUAA